AUGGAGCGGAACAGCCCCGCGGAGAAAGCCGGAGGGUUUGCAAUGACCACCGGGUCCACCGAAUCAACCGGUUCAAGAUCAUUUACCACAUUUGCUGCGGGGCCAACCGGAUCAGGCAGUCCAAAAUCUGUUGGCGCUUCGUCGAGUCUCGAUUCACCAAAACGGAACUUAACUGUCAGCAGCAACUUCAUCAAGAGCGUCGAGGGGGCGGAGGAGGUGGAACAUCAUGGUGCAACUUGUGCCGAAACCUGGAAAGUGGCAAACAGGUUGUUGAACAGUUCGUUCGUGGCCAACUUGAUGACCUUGGUGAUCCUGGUCGAUGCCUUUUGCACGAUCGUGGACAUUGAUGCAAGAGCUAGUGGGACACAAACACCACAAGUCUACCCGCUCCUUUCGAACGUGUGCCUCGCCAUGUACACACUGGAAGUGAUCACCUUGUGUAUCGUGAAGGGAACACGGAAGGCUUGUGGGCAUUGGAUGGUGCGGCUCGAUGUCUUCAUCGUGCUUUCCGGCUUGACAGAGCUGCUGCUGCAGAAUUUUGCGGCUGAGAUUAUGUUCAACCUCGGAUUCGUUCCCGUCCUGCGCAUGGUUCGGGUCCUCCGCUUGGCCCGGCUCCUCAAGCGACUGCGUGCAUUUCGGGAAUUGCAGAAGCUAGUGCGAAUGAUGGCCACAUGCUUAAAAGCAUUGUUUUGGUCCUUCGUUUUCUGCUUCAUGAUAAUGACGGUGUGGGCCAUGUUGAUAGUUGAGUUCGUGCAUCCCAUCAUGUUGGAGAAGAUGGACGACAUGGAAGCAAGCGACAUUCCCAACAUUGCUCAAGAAUGCCCACAAUGUGUCACCUCUACCUCUGCCGUGAUGGAAGCUAAUUUAUUGCUUUUCAAAACAGUGAUUGCUGGGGACAGUUGGGGCACCAUCGCCGUUCCUGUCAUCCGGGAAUAUCCUGCAACAGCAAUUAUUUUCUGCGGCUCGUUGCUGACGCUUGUCUUUGGCGUUCUGAACCUCAUCGUGGCAGUUGUGGUGGACACCUUUGCAGAAGCUCGCCAAAGGGAUGUAUUGAACUUGGCAGAGGAGCUGGAAUUCAACCUUGCGAACGAUGUCAAGAGCUUGGAGGCAAUUUUUCAACGUAUCGACACUGAUGGAAGUGGAGAAGUGACGUUUGAAGAGCUUCUAGAAGGAGCCCGCAGGGAUCCACAAUUUCAAAGCAGGCUGCGUGUGAUGGACAUUGAUGAGGCGGAUUUGCAACAGCUCUUUGAGAUGAUUGAUACGACUGGAGAGGGCCAAAUCCACUUGUCUGAGUUCGUGGCGCCACUUAGUCGGUGGGUCCAUGAUUCAAAGACGGCCACCCGCUUCAUUAAGUACAACGUGCUGCGAGCUUUACAUCAGCAAGAGGAGCUCUAUGCAGUUACCAUUGACAACCAUGAAGCACUUGCGGAGCGAAUGUCCGAGAUGCAAAGCAUGAUAAACACCUUGUUCACACUGCAGUGCUCCCGGCAAAAGAAAGAUUCACACAAUUCGAGCUCCGAAUUGUCAGUGUCAGAGACCGAAAGUACUCGCGUCGCUGUGGAGCACAAAGUGGCCAGGGACCUCCUACGUGCUUCCAGUUAUUUCGAUUGUGAUGAUGAGCCUGUGGUGCAGCCACCUGCAUCCAAGAGCCCUGUGGCUUUGAUUGCUGAGGCACCCACCAAGACGGAGGAGAUGCCGAAAGUUCGCAUGGAGAAGUUGGACGAGCUUAUCAUGGCCACCACCGAAAUUGCCCUUCAAAAGUGCAUGGCCUUGGUUGAAUCUGCUUUGCAAGAGAGUGUGCAGCGGCAUCCCACCGUGCGACCCGAGUAUGCGAACAACUUGCUGGUGCAAGAAGCUUUCGAGCAGAAAGCUUGCAAUUCCAGUUCAGAUGCCCUGGAACUCAUGCAUCACAUCGUGACCAAAGUGCUGGGGAACCCACAUUCGCCCCACAGUGUCAACAAUCUACUCACCAAAGCCCUUGGAGCUGAUGGGAAUCUCUCCGUGGAGUCAUUGGUGAAGCUGCCGAUCUCUAAGGUUCUUCGCAUAGACAAGCUGGCCCAGCUCAACAUUACGCUGCAGAAUGCGUCCUUAAGCCAUCUAAACUCUUGGGCUGCCAUGGACGUGUACAGCCCCAAGCCGCAGGAGUUGUCCUUGGGCUUGGACCUUGCCAAGCUGGAGCUGAAUGCCCAGUUGACGCUUGGCAUUCGACCUGGUAGCGGGCCAGUAGCUGGCUCCGAGCUGCAGGAGCAGUUCGAAGUGUCACUGAAAAUGUCUGAUCUUUCAUUGGCCGGGAAGGCCUUUCUAGCCCUCAACACCACCAGCCUGCACGCUCUCACUGCAGAUCAGCUGGGGGCACCCGGUUGUUUGGCCUCAGGCAUUGACGCUGCGGCUGCUCUCCAGGCAGCGCUGGGUGUGACCUCCCUGGGAACAGCGCUGACCCCUCGAGCCGGCAGCGGCGAUUUGGAGGACGAUGUCGACCACAUGCUGAACUCCGUGGCAGCCUUUCUCCUAGGAGCAUACAAGGAUGCAAUCCACCAGGUCGGACAUGCCAUGCUGACGGCGCGUGGUCUUCAAAUGGUGAACGAGCAUAUUAACAGUUUCCUGUCGGCACCUCCGCCGUGUCCGCCACCUCAAGAUGACUUCAGCAACGCCAUGCUGUCGAAUUCAGCACUCGCUGGAUUUGUCGUGUGCAUGCUGGCAUCCAUGUGCACUUGCCUGUGUCUUUCGAUGACGACGAAAGAAAAAGAUGCGCGGACCUGCCAGGUGCAGGAUGUAUCUUGUGUGACGACAAGUACCGACACGGGGCCCACACCCACCUCCAUGGUGGCGGAGAUAGGCGGCCGUGCAGGUGCUCUGUCUGCCAUCGCACCACCACACGCUUUGGCAUUCCACCCGCGAACGCGGCCAUGCAUGCGCUGGGGCCUGCCCUUGCUAAUGAUCGGGACAAUGCUGAUGUUCUUGUCCAGCAACUCGGGCAUUGGAGCUGGUGUCAUGGUUUCUGUUACAGCCAACGGACGGCCUGUGGUGGACCUCCCACCUACAUUCAGCUUCUCACUUAUCGGCUCGAUUAAAGACAUGUGGCAGGGUAAAGUUUAUGGCCUCGCCUUUCUCAUUCUUUGCUUCAGUGGACUUUGGCCCUACAUUAAGCCGAUCUUAAUGCUGGUCUGUUGGUUCACGCCACCUUCGCACCUGAGCGUCUCCAAGCGCCAGGGCUUGUUGAACUUUCUGGAUGCCUUUGGCAAGUGGUCACUGGUGGACACGUUUUUCAUGGUGCUUUGCAUGGUUGCGUUCCGAUUUAACUUACGAGCUGCCGAUGGAUCCGGGUUGCUUCAGGACAUUUUCCGAGAGGCUGGAGAUGAUGCAAAUUUCAAUGUCUAUGUGCAGCCGGACCUUGGUUUCUAUACUUUCCUUGCCGCGACCUUCUGCUCCCUCAUUGCUGGCCAUUUGACGACGGCGUGCCACCGAUACGCGCACAAGUUGGGCGAGUUCGGAGUCGAUGAGGACAACGACAAGCGCCGGUUGUGCUACGUCCUGUGCAGCAAUGGCACGGAUGUGCAUGGCCCGACAGUUGCCAUCAGCGUGUCCCUGCUGCUGGUUCUUUGCGGCACAUUCCUCGAGACGUUCAAUUUCAAUUUCCUCGGCCUGGCCGGCUAUGCCCUGGGAGAGGAACGGCACCGUCCAUUCUCAGUGUUCAGCCUGGGUGCAAUGAUGCAGAGCAGUACUCUGGAGCCGGGCAGUGCCGGAAUCCUGAUCCUUCAAGGAGUUUACUUCCUGUUCACGAUUCUGGUCGUGGUUGCGUACCACGUGAUUCUGCUGGUUCUCUGGACUGCCCCAAUGACCAGACGAAUGCAGAAGCAGUGGUUUCUGACAGCACAGGUCUUCAAUGCCUGGAGUGGCCUGGAUGUGUUCUGUGUUACCAUCUUGGCGGGGAUUCUGGAGCUCCGGGAGUUUGCGAAGUUCAUUGUCGGCGACAAGUGUGACGCCAUCAAUCAAGCAAUUGCGAAAACAGCCUUGGCGGACAAGCUGCCAGGCGGCGUCACGUGCUUUGACGUGGACUCGACGCUGCGACCUGGAUUCCUGGUGUUGGCGAUCGCUGUCAUCAUCUCCACGAUCACCGGCCAGAUUAUGCUUUCAAAAUGCAGCAAUGCCUUGUGCGCGCCUCCAGCAGAUGCUGAUGUGCGAGAAGAGGCUUAG